ACUGCAGACUCAAAACAAGCCGAGAGUGGAGACAGGCAGACCAUCUCCAUCCUCCGCAGUCUCCUUCUCAUCCUGCCCGGCAGACUGACUGUCGGAUCACCGCACUGAGCGAAAACUUACUUCUGACAGCACUCGCUGCUUCUUCAGCUUUUUUGAGGUAAGAUGAAAUUUUGUGUUUUCUGCAUUUUCGAAUAAGGGUGAAGAUUCCCAUCAGGUGUGCAGAGUGGUUGAUUAUGGAUGCACUUACUGGAACAUCAACAUGAGAAGAAACAGCACACUCCUGCAUGGGACAUCGACAUAUUUUGCACGCUUGUUUGCUAUUUCUUGCUAUAGUCAGCUUUGCAAAAUCAGCAAAUAAAGCCAACUUUAAUUUAAAUAAAUCCUUCUUUUAGUAAGCAACAUAAUUCAGAUUCAUUAAUAGUGUGUUUGUGUUUGUUUUUGUGUGCAUCUUAUUUCUGCAUCUGUAUUCAUCUCUACUGUUUUGCAUUGUCCCAUAUAUGUGUGUUGUUGUGCAUGCAUUCAAAGUCUUUGUGUGUGCAUAUAGCCCUCAUGUAUGCUUGGUCUUGCAUUCUUGUGCUUGUGUAUACCAAUAUAUGAAUGUGAGCAUGUUUGUGUGUGUUCAGCCUAUACAUGUAUGUUCUAUGCCUGUCUGACUUUGCCCUUCCCUUCCUGGCCUCAUUCCAGAGCACAGCCCAGCAUGUGAAUGGCGGCAGAAAGCGGCAGAGUUGUUACAGAGGAGCAGGAGGAGCUCCCUGCCUCUGGAGCUGUCACUCACGUGCACCACGCACACGCACACACCCGGAGUCAGAGCCACAGCCAGUUUCACCCUCUGACACACACAACCGCCCAGUGGCAGGCUCCUCGCACUCUGGCACACACGAGGAGUCACAGUCACACUCACUUCAACGCUCCCUCGCACACACAGGCUCAGAGGUACAGCUGCCGGCUCACACACAGCCUCUCAGCCAUGACCAGGGGAGAAAAGGGAGCGCAGGGAUCUGCAGGGAAGCUCACCAAACCCACUGAGCCACUCUUCCCCAAAACCCCACAGCAGGUAAGAUCACCUGUUUUUUACUGGAGUUACUAAGAUGCCAUCAGAUGUAGCAGCAUCCUUUCUUCAAAUCUGCGGACUUGUGUUGUUCCCAGGCACCAAAUCUGAAUGAAAGCCUUAAUCUCAUGGAGUGUAUUCGCAGCUCAGUUUGGCAGAGAGUGACUCCAGAUGAUUGGAUGGAGAUGAGAGAAAGAUGGAAAGUGUGAUCUCUUUAGUGGCUUAUCUGUUUCUGAUUAAUCAGCUACAUUGUUUUCCCGUGAACCGUAAUCCCCCCUCACUGUAGAUUCAGUUAGUGGAAGUUGAUUGUUUUCAUCUGUGAAGGGUUGAUGGGAUGAUCUGCUGGAUGAUUGCUUGCUUUUGUCUGCUGACAGCGAUAUCAGUGGACUUUGGUGAUGGAGACUGUUGUUAUCACAUAUAAGAGGAAGAGAGACUACUGUUGGCUUUCCUGUCGUUUUUAUUCUAUCUACACAAUUUACGUUUGUGAUUGUCAGUUUGAGUGAUAGACAGUGAUAGGUGUGUGAAGUAAGACCAACCUUUUGUAUUUAUAUUUGUAUAACAAUGCAAGUGUGAGAAGCGAAAUCAGAGUGAGUGAAAACAGAGAGCCAAGCCUUGACUCGGUAUUUUGCCUCUGAAAUACAGAAACUAUUUCAGGUAUUUUUAACAUGCAAUCAUAACGUAAUACUUUCAUAGUUAGUCACUCAAUUUCUGUUCAGCUCAGAGUUCCCAAUAAACAGUAUUACAUCAUUAGAUCGAACCAGUUCUGCAACUGUCUCGUCCCAGCCAAACCUCUGUCUGAUAUGUGGUUGUUUUAUUUGACUACUUGCGUACUUAGGCCACUCAUAUCCUCGUGAACUCUCUGUAGAAAUCAUGUCAUAUAGAAGGCAUUUGGUCGCACCUGAUUUAAGAAUUCAGAGGCAAAAUAUUCACAGUUGAUAUUAGAGAUUUAGCAGGAAUAACAAAGAUUGUCGUAUGUGUUGCUUUUGCACCUAUUGUUAAUAUUCAUAUCUGUUAAAAUAACACUAUGGAGGCUGCUUUCUUAAAAACAAACAACAAAUAAAGGGUUCACAACAAAACACAUUUUAAUCAUCCUAGUGGCGAUUUGUGGUUACUACUAGGGCUGGGCGAUAUGGGAAAAAGUUUAUCACAAUAUAUUUUUUUCAUAUCAGUCAAUAUAGAUUUAUAUCACAAUAUAAAAAAAUGAAAUUUAACAGUACUUAUUGGCAGCAUGUCUUUUGCAGUACAAUAAGCUACAGCAUCUGUGAGGUCUUUGUGUCUCUUAGACAUUUUGUCGUGAGACGUUGCGCCAGAGAAAGUGGAGUGGUUUUAUUUCUCACCAACAGUGCCAUCGGCUCCACCUAAAGUUUAAGUGCUAUGGUUGCGUGUAGCUGCAGCCUGCUACUACGCCGUUGUUUGCCACUUGGUUCUCAUUCAGCACAUGAUUGGUUCAGCGCAAAGCAGACCCAGAGCAACUCCCCUUUUCAUUGGCUAUUCGUAUAGUCUACCAAAACAUGUCAAAAUGUCAACUAUUGAAAAGGAUAUUGACCAUGUUUUAUAUUGAUAUUGAGCCCUGGUUACUACUUUUUAAAGCAAAGCUCCUGUAGAUUUGCUUCAGCCAGUGUUGGGAGCUUUGUACAAAGAAAGAAUCAGUUUGAGGAUCAAUCUGCACAAUGAAACAUGGAACAUAUGAGAAUUUAUUCUUAAGUAAUGCCAAACAUAUACUUAGAGAGAUGUUAAAAACUUAAGUCAAAAUGAUAAAUCCUUCACAAAUCAUCCAGGACGUUGCAUUCUGAUUUUUUAGGAUAAGCUAGAAGAAAAAAACGGUAUCUGCCAAUCGAUAUAUGGCCUAACCUAAAUGGGUGUUUAAAGUAGAUGUUUAGGGUUUCUGGAUCCACAGUCCACAAACAGCAAAUUCCAUAAAUAACGAGCUUCAUCAGUCCGACCACAAACAUGCAUUCUUCAGAGAAACAUCAUUUUUACUAAGUGGCUUCAUAGGUGUCCAGUUCGCACAACAGUAAACUGUAGAUUUUGGAUCGAUUCCCCUCGGGUUGAUCCUGUGUCAGUGGGCUACAGCUCACGUUUUCAUGGCUCACCGCCAUCACUGACAUAAUCAGCUUGCCCUUUUUAUACUCAUAGUCCAUAAUCUGAAUUGAGGGAGCAAAGCCGCUGUUGUCAAACUGCUGUGACCAGAGUCGCAGAUUUAACAGGGCUACCAAGAAUUGUCAGAAAAUCCUUCACAGAAUGAAAAUCUCAACUGCUUUAUGGAUCCAUUUUGCCAGCUUAACUUGUAGCAUGCAAACAUUCAGUUUGUGCAUUUUCGCUCUGCAUGGAGAAUACAGCUUAGCGGGCUCUAGAGGAAGUUUGUUUCGCUUGUUUAUUUGCAGUUGAAUUAUCCUCAAUCCUAAUUCAAACUGGUCGCGGUGCAGUUCAGUGCGUUUUAAAAUCCUCCCCGUAACAGUUAAGGAUACAUUAACUUUGGAGAUUAGUCUUAUCUGUCCUUGUCUCCCGCUUGUUGACGGUCUAAACUUCGCAGAUGCUCCCUUUACUCUCACUGUUUCUGUAUGUAUGUUUGCGCGUCGAGUUGCGUGGUGUUGUUUGUGCAAUCCAGAAAACUGUUGAAGGGAUAUCCUGUUUAUCCUCUUUGAUGAUAAGAACUCGCUAAUGAAAGAUGAAGAGUUCGGAGGAGAAAUAAGAGUGAAAAAGAGAGGAAGGAGCGCCGGGAGUUCAGAGUAUUUUUGCACAUCAUCAGUUAAGCAGCAUUCUCCAGACACCAAAGACUUUAAUUUUUUCUCUCCAAUUAGGCGUAAUUGCAGUGAGAGUGGAAGAAGAGAGAGUUUUGAAGUCGGUACCCGCCGAGCAGCCUUUACUUACCUCUGACCCGCUUGUCUUGGAAUUGAAUAAUUACACACCUCCCUCCUGGUAAUUGUCGUUCUCGAACCCCCUCCAUCUUUUGAAGGGGGGCAGAAAAAAGAAAUUCAGAGGAAGAGAAAACGUGAGCAGGAUAAUAACAGUGUAUCGGUCGCGGCUGUGGUUACUUUGGUGAUUUCCUUCUUUCAUGAAGCUCUGACGGGAGCAGCUGUGGGCCAAAGCCCGGGCCGCUGGAUUUGGAUUGACACUGAUUUGUGUGUGUGUGUGUGUGUGUGUGUUUGUGUGUGUCUGACACCAAAGGUUAUUCAGCAGGGAGGAACAGGCAAAGUUGGAUAUGGAUGUGUGCACAGCCUCUGAGGAGACAGUCGUAAAUAUCGGGCUCCCUAGACUGUGGCGUCUCGUUUUAUUCAUGUGUGAAGAUGAAAGCUCUCCUUCUUUUGCUGCAACACACUUGUACGCAAACACACACACUUCCACGGUCACAUGCCUGAUGGUUUAAGCAAAGCAUAAGUGAGGGGGAAACGGUGCGGCGGAUGACUCGGUGGGUUUCUCAGGCUCCUCUGUGUGCCUGAGUGUCUGCGCACAUAGACCACAAUGCAAACAGCCGAUAGGGGGUCUGCUUCUGAUCCUCUAGUCUGCACACACUCCCACACACAUGCACAUAAUUUAUACAUAAUUUAUCUCUCUUAUCUGCUGGAGUAACCUGUCAUUUAGGGAUACAAAGAUACAGCGAGGUCGAUGACCUUAAAUAGCAGCUGGGAGACAAUUUGUGUUAAAUUCAGGAGCAGAUGGAUGUAUUACAAAUCCUCAUACAUCAGAGUGAGCAGUGCGACGUAACAGCAGUGAAGCAACUAAUUAAAUUUGAACUUUUAAUCCCGCUGAAUUGUUGUAACAUGGGGGGAAAUGUUAUUUUAGGAGCACCUGGAAUCAAAUGUGUAAGGUUUCAGUCUAACAGUGACUACAGGGUACACUAUUUGUGACUCAUAAGCCUGUUCUCAUGGCCUAGUUUAUCUUACAGCGACACACCUUGUUUUUGUUGGUGUGUCUGGAAGGCUGUAUAAAGUUAAGGUGGGAAUAUCUGAGUUGAGAUGCACCAAAAAAGGGACCUGAGAAAUGAGAAAGGGGAAAUGAGAAACAAAAGGGGGAAAGAAAGUACGUUUUAUUGCUUAGAUUUGAGUUCAAAUAACAUUUAAGGUCAUCGAGUCUGUUGCGCAACAUCAUUUUGAUAUUGUUGUAUAACAGUAACAAGAAAUGUUUAAAGCGAGACUGAAUCGUGCUUACGGUUGAAAAAUGACACUUCCUUUAUCAGGUCUUUUUAUUUGCUGUUUCAGGAAUAAGUCUGAUUGAAGUGUAAGCAAUACAUGCAUCAACUAUCAUCUUUAACACCACAACUAUCUAUUUUUACUUUACAUUUUCACAUUUUGCAUGUAUAAACUUUUUCCCAAGUUCAUAUAUCAGUCGCAUCAUUGUUAGUCCAAACUUUCGCACUGAUCAGCUUGAAAGUGUGCGUCUAAUUUCUUUAUCAGAAUACUUGCCGAAAAGUUAAUUUGUUCAUUAGCUUUCUGACCUGUAAGGGCACUCUUUUCUUAUUAAGUUUUCUCUGCUUUCUCGCCCUCUGUUCUCGCAGACUGAAUUGGGACAGAAGUUGUCAUUAUGCAGUAAGGUGUGUUUCGCCAUCGGUGGCGCACCUAAAGAGGUGGCAGCCAGCGCCACCGCCUUCUUCCUGCAAAUCUACCUGCUUGAUAUCGCUCAGGUAAGCAAAGUGUGUUUGAGGACAAAGACAAUGUGGAGGAUGCUUCUUUUUUUAACACCUGCACAUGUUAUUAACUCCAGUCUGUCCCUGUUUUACUCCACAGAUCAACGCCUUCCAGGCCUCCAUGGUGCUUUUCAUUGGUAAAGCCUGGGGAGCGGUAACAGACCCCGUUGUUGGAUUCUUCAUUACAAAGAGCAGAUGGACCAAGAUAGGCCGACUCAUGCCCUGGUGAGCUCACUACGAAGGAAAAUCAACUCUCCCUUACACAAACCUCUAUUUUAGUAUUUGAGUUUUUUUAACUCUUUAUCCUAGGGCUGGGCGAUGAACCGAAAAUUUACCGAUACCGAAAUUUACGACAAUAACCGACCUCAUUUUGCCCAUAUCGGUAUAUUUGGUGUCAAAUAAGUAGAUAAAUAAAAGUUGGGUUUGGAUGUGUGUAGGUAGGCUAUGAUCUCAUGUCCCUCCAAAUGUUGUCCGUCUUAGAGGGUCGGAGACGUGACUCCAUCCCAUCCAGUCCGUAACAAAGCUGGAAAGACAGGUGAGGAGAUGGAGGACGGUUCAAAUGUUGUAGCAGCUGGAGUAGACGAAGUCAGUGUGGGAGGGGGUGAGCAGCUUGUGGAGUAGUUAUCGUCCAUUUAUCGUUAUUCAAAAGAACUAUUCAACAUAUCUUUAUAUUGAUUUAAAGCCAUAUCGCCCAGCCCUACUUUAUUACCCAAUUUCUAGUUUUUUACUGUUUUUCUAUUUCAAAAGUUGUAAAACAUCCAUUCAUGCAGAAAUAUUACAACAGAUACUAAGACAAAAUCUUUAAAAGGGCUGAUGUUACAUGUUGUGAUUCAAGCUGUCUAGUCAAAUUUGCUCACAAAAUGGUAAAUCCAGGAAAAGAUCAUACAUUAUAAUCAGAGUGUUGGAUUUAAUAUUCACACGUUUAGUUAUAUAAAGUGGAUUAAAUGGCAUACAUGAAGUACAUUCACCUAAUCUUAAAUUGGAUGAAACAGAAAGUUGUCUCCUUUCCUUAGCUAGCACAUGAAACAGUGUUGCUGUUGACAAGGUUGUGUCGAGGACAGUAAUUUGUCGACAGAUUAUGAAACUUGUUUUGCUUUGCUCCCACUCUCAGAUAUAAUUACAACAGCUACAUGAUGCUAAUGUUUAUGCAAAAAAAACGAAACAAAAACAAGCUGUGUGCUCCAGUUUUGGAUGGUUUUGAAAUUAUUCUCAGACCUGCUCCUCUCACCUGAGGAUUGGGCUGAAUAAAUAUCUUUUUUUCACUGUUCCCGACGCUCCCUUUGAUGAGCUUUUUCAUGCUGCUUUAUUCAAGGGUGUAGGCUGUUUGUUGCCUUUUGGAGUCAGACAACAAUAGGCAAGAAAUCUUAUUGGUAUUCUUCAUAAACCAUCUGCCACUGUGCUGCUUGGUGGCAUUUUAUCACAAUUAGUGUGACACCUCAUUGGGAACCAUCCAGUUUUACUCCACUUUGCAUGCAAGGUUUACUUUGAAGCGCUCUGAUUGUGGAUUAUGUAACGUUUUCACCACCUUUUCCACAUAUGCCGUCUAUCAAAGAUGAAUUCAGAGGCGCCUCUGCUUGUGAGUUUCGUAUAAGUUUCUUUGAACACCCCUGCUAGCGUGACAGUUACUGUAAUUACACAUCCAGUAUAUAAUGUGUAGAUUACAAACAGGCUGACACUGCUGAAAGGAGACCGAGUCCUCUGUGGCCAGCUGCUCACUAGCAGAUAGAUGCUGAUGGCUGUUAAAUCAGCUUUAAUUACAUAUGGGACUCUGUAGGUGUGUGUGUGUUCCCUCUUGCGAGAUUAAUUUGUGUGGUAUAUGUUGGUAUUUUAAACGUGCUUUCAUGAGUAUUUGCUCUGAGGUCUCACGACACUCCCUUCGGUUUCACCCCGUCUGGAAAGUCCCCUCCGCCAUCAUCUAGCAGGAAGUGUGUUUCCUCCUCUGGGUGUCACAUCCAGACAUGAAGUGAUUUAUAUCUCUGCUCAGACAUCUUUAGGAUGGGGUAGUUUGUCUCAAAAUGCUCCUGUGGGUGCUGCUGAGUUUAUUAUUACAAGGACAAACCCAGAAGUUUUUUCUUGUGGAAUAUCAGAGGUGGGGGCUUGACGACUCGACUUGAGACUCGACUUGGACUUGAGUCCCGUUUUUGACUUGCUUGGUGAAAUCAAGAAAUGACUUGGACUUGCUUGGGACUUGAUUGCUAACACCGUGUUGCUAAGUCUGCUUAUUUCCCGCAAAAAAAAAAAAUUUGGCUUGUUUCUGGAGGUCUGUUUCCUUAUUUCUCUCAAGAAACUUGGCAACACUGUCUCAAACUCUAGCCUCCCUCAUAACGACAACACCGGGAGGACUGAACAUAAAUCGCUCGCUAGUAUUGCCCGCCUGUUUCCACGUGUUGGCUUGUGUCUCUCUUUUGUUUUGUUUUUAAACAGUGAAUUAGAGUAUCAGUUUAAUGUUUAAUUGUAUUUGAGUCUUCCUUAUUUUUGUGCACAUUGCCUAAGUUUCCAAUUGUUGAAGUUUAUCUGAUUAUUUUUUGUAUGACAUGUAAAAUAGUUUGGUUAAAGCCGCACUAUGUAACUUAACACAAACAAGAACCCUUGUUUAAUAAUAAAUGCAAAUAGUGAAAAAUGCUCAUGAUUUAUGUAAAUCUUGACAUAUAACAAAUGGUUUAUGGCUUUGAUAUGACUUGUUUUGGACUUGAAAGGAACGGUAAGGACUUGGACUUGACUUGAGGCUUGUCUGUGUUGACUUGGACUUGCCUCGGACUUGAGAGCAAAGACUUGAAACUCGACUUGGACUUGCAACAUAAGGACUUUCCCCCACCUCUGCGGAAUAUCAAUCGAUAACUCUGGAGUAAAAGAUAAAAGCAACUCUGGCCCAAAGUAUGGAAGAGGGAGAGACAAACAAACAUGACAAAAAUUACAACAGAUAAUAGGCAUGAUGACAGCCUGAGUAAAUCAGUGGAUUACGAAGUAUUGUUUUGCCUAAGUACCAAAGUAAAAGUGCUUCACCUCUGGGGCUGAUAUUUCAGUGUUAUGUAAAAAACUGUACCCUUUAAUAUACUUAGUUCCUUUCUUCUCCGAAUUAACAAGCACUACAGAGACUCUCACCCACCUCACCUCCUCUAAAUCCUCUCCGUUCCACUGCACAUCCUCUAAUUAACAUGCUGAACAAGUCAGACAGAGGAAAAAAAUGUACAGACAGCCCUCCUAUCAACCUGCUCUUGCUUAAUUAAGACUGUGCAAACCAUCCGGACAGGUAUGAAUAUGCAUUCAUGCACGCCCUGAUGUGUGAGAAAAUAUGCCGGUGUCAUUUUUUGCCUUUGUGUGUCCUCUCUCUCUAAACACACUGUCAUCUUGCAGGAACAUUCUAACUGUCCCAUUCACCGAACCCUGCAGCCUUUUCAAUCGCUCCCAUGACCAAGCGGUCAAUACUGCAGCACCAGCGUUGUCAGGCGCCUUUUGUUUAAGCAAACAAUCAGGAGGAGAGUGAGGUGGGCGGGUUGGACGAUGCUAGAAAUCACCAUUCAAGGCCUCCUCUCUCUACCUCUUUCUCCCACUUUCUCUGUUUUGCAAUUCCUAGCGUUGCACAGGUCAGAGGUCAGAGCCUGUGCAGGUUUUGUCACAGUCAACAAAAACCCAUUGGGGUCUUUUUCUACCUGUAGAUGUGCUGGUUUAACAGCUGCUCCAGCCUCUGGAAAAACUCAGUUUUAACUUUCAAGCAAAAGAAGUCGAGGGUGGAUGAGUUAGUGUUGUUUUGCAGACAAAUCAUAGAGUUGAUGGUCCGUAACCCGCCCUUUUCUGCCUCAUUUUUAAACAUGCAGCUGUUGGUUUUAACCAUAAUGACACAUGUCCGUUGUUUACUUAUGAAUUUUACAUGACCCACAUACUGUAUCACUCCAAGUUCUGAGAAAAACACAACACAGCAGAAUUGCUGCCUGCUGCGUUUGCUGGAGUGUGUACUGCACAGGCAUGUAUCUGUGUGUGUCUGUGUGUGCGUAGAUCUCUAAAUGCUAUGUGCAAUAUUGUGGUAUUUCCCUGUUUGCCCGUCCCUCCCAGGACAGAUUCCUAUCAUACUUACGGCAACAUAAUCAUUUAGCAGUCAGCUUAGCCUUAGCUGUAAUUUGUCAGAAAUACGACCAGAUUUUAACACUGAACUGCUAUGAAAAAAAUUACAUAACACCACCUCCGUCAUCCCCCAGCUUAAAAACGAUGACGGUGGUUGAUGAGCGUUUGCUUACGUUACCACCACCGCUACUAAAAAUGAAUUGUAUGUGACGCAAACAGGGUAGUGACUGUCAUUUUCUGAUUUUCUUUAUGAAACUUUAUUUGCACUUUCAUUUAACACUUUAAAUGUCUUUGUUCUUAAGGAUGGUGGGAUGCACUCCGUUCCUGGUGGUUUCCUACUUCUACCUCUGGUUUGUUCCUCCGUUCAUCAGCGGGAGAUUCAUCUGGUACCUAGGCUUCUACUGCCUCUACCAAACCCUCAUUACCGUGAGUAUGCAUGCUCUCUCUUAGCGUUGCAUUUUGAUGUUGAAGAAACCUGAAAUGUCUACCUCUGAAACUUUGCAAGAUCUCACAUGCAGCACAGAAGAAUUGUCAAGUAGCAAAAGAGGAGUAUAAGUUAAUGAGGGUUUACAUAAUAUGCGUAUAAAAUGCAGCAAAUAUUGCAGAAAACACAGUGCAGGUGAUGAAAGCCAUGUCGUGCCAGACUCUGACAGCUCCUGCAAGGAUUUGUUCUUUGAUUCAUGAGCAGAUUAGAGCCCAGAGCUCUCAGACACCUCACCUCAAAGGAGAAGUGUAGUUGUAUUUGGGUUGCCUAUUGUUAUUAUAGUUCAGACCAUUCAUCUCUCAUGCUCUCUGUCCUGCUUUGCUCUGGGGUAACCCGUUUUACAUGUGCCGCAGAGCUCGCAGACCGCUGCGGCCACACUGCGGCCCGCUGUAAUGGCAUGUCAUUCUAACUACUUGAUAAGUAUAUGGUCAGUCCUGCCAGGAACCCUCUUGCUUGGUAAAUGCUGGUUACCACUUUUAGCCUCCCCUUCAUUGUCUGUGGAUGUGUGUUUGUGUGAAGUUCGCUGAAAGAGGCCAGCUGUUAUCAUUCAGUGGGUCACAGGCUGUAAACAGAGGCUAGGACGUAGUAUAUAUAAUCUGUUUAUGCAAUCAACUAAUAAUGGGUUUGCGUCCAGUUUAUCAGUUCUCACAUCCAUCUGCAGCGGAGAGUCGAGCAGGUUGAUUCCUAUAAAUGUUUGCAUCCAGUAAAGGCCCCAUAAAUGACAUACUGUAUAGAACCAGAGGCUGCAAAAAAAGUCCUUUCACGUCCGUGUUUAUUUUCGUCGCGGCUUUGCAUGCUUGUUUGGCCGCAGUGCUGACUGAGCCCUUGUGUAAAUUACAAAGUGAAGCAGGACUAGGUUUUCUCCGACUAUUCUCUGAGAGAGGUGGUGAGGAAGAAGAAAACAGAGAGCUGAGGUUGGCCGACAUGGAAACUGCAGAGAUUGCUUUUGAUAAAUAUACACAGCGGGUGUUUUUUUUUGAUCGCACACGAGCACGUAGAUAAAAGACAUCUAAAGAUAUCUAGGGUGUUCCCGUUUAAUUCUGAGUGAAAUGUUUCAUAGAAUAUAGACUUUACAAGGGUUAUAGCCACGCUAGCAACUCUUAAAGCCAAAGUACAACCCUUAAAGAGCUGCCAGCAUGGUCAAAAAUAUUGUACAGGCCAAUAUUUUGAUGGCAAUGCAAAAGAGCUGACAUUAAACCAGUAAAAUAUUUCAGAAGUUAGACUGUCAUGAUAUGUUCUGUUGAUUUAGUUUUUCCCUAGUUUUGUUAUUUGAGUGUAUUUUCUGUUCUGUUUCUGUAGUCCAGUCUUGUGCGUUUUCAGUUCUUGUUUGACCCCGUUUCCCUCCUGUCCUCUGUGUUUUACUCUUUAGAUCAGUUUUUAGUGUUUAUUUUUUGUUUUAUUUUGUAGUAGUUGAUUCCUUGUGUUUCUAGUCUGGUUUUACUUCCUUAGUUUUCCCUCCCUCGUUAAUCACUAACGAGUUUCAUCUGAGUCUCGUUAGCCUCACCUGUUGCUCGUUUCCCAGUGUGUAUAUAGUCUCUGUCUUCCCCUCUGUCUUUGUUGGUUCAUUGUAUUUAUGUCGAUGCGUAUGCUUGUAUUCCCUGUUGCUCCGUGUGAUUUUUGCCUUUUGGAUUUUUCUCUUUCUCAAUUAACCCUGCACGUCAUAACAUUAGGCAUCUUAGUUUACAUGUAAGCAUGCUGACAUGAAACAAGGCACAGAAAAGAGGACACAAUGGCAAGACACCAAAUUAGUUUGUCCAACAGACAGGGUUUCUUAAAGCUCAGGCAAAGGCAGUCAGAUCAGGCAGAGGUAUCCAAAAACGGAGGCAAAAGGCAAGGUAAUACACAGGGAAUCAAUAACUAUGAAUAAUGCUGGAACAAGACUAUGAAGUGCAAUGAGACAAUGAGACACACAGGGUAAAAUACAAGAGGUAAUGAGGGUGAUGGGAAACAGGUGGACAAGGCAGCAGGUGUGACAAGACAGGGGCAGGACAGACCAGACAGGAACAAAUCUAAGGCUGUGUCCGAAAUGGAUCCCUAACCCCUAUAUAAGCAACUAUAUGGGGGUUAGCGCCAUUUUGAGGGGUGUCAGAAACCUGAGUGAUCAAUUCCAAAGCCCCAUAUAGGCGACUCAAAAUUAUCCAUAGAGCGUUACAAAAUGUAGUGACCAUCCAGUGGUCACUCACCGGUGGUGGGCAUCCUGUCAUGCAUUGCGUCUUGCCAUGUAGUGUCGAAACCUUCGGUGAUUAAGCUCACUACAUAGUCAGCUAUAUAGUAUAUCCCUGACCCCUGACCCCCAUAUGGGGAUUGAGUGAUUCAUUUCGCACACAGCCUAUAAGACAGGAACAAGGGUAUCAACAAAAUUUAACAGGAGGGAUAUGACAUGAAACAUGAAUGUGCAAAAACAAAAGAAACGUUACCCUCUUAGUGCCUGAAACCACAAAUUAUGGCCAGAAAAUUCAAAACUUUUUGGAGCUGAAAUGUUUAUUUCACUUACUACUGAAAACCAAAAAAAUUAAAAUGUCCUUAAAAUUUAACAAAUAUAUUUAUCUUGUUUGAUACAUUAGAUGUUUUUGGAAACUGAUAAACCAAAAGAGGACAUUUUUAUCAUUUAACAAACUGUAUUCCAGUGUUUUUUUUAGUUAUUUGUUGAUCAUAUUGAUUUGAUAGAAGUAUCAUAAAAGUAUGUAUCAAAUAUGAUACAAAAGGCAUUAAAGGGUUAACCAAUAAACAGACAUGACACAUGCUGACAUUUGCUCAAAUAGCUAGAGCUAAUAGCUGUGUUGUUUUUACAGUUUUUCAGAGUUAGACUAAUUCAGAUAUCAAAUUUAGACUGGGUACUUGCACAGGAUGAAACUGAAAAGACUGGUGUUUCUUACAGUUUGCAAUAACAAAGAAAGCCUUUCUCUCCUGCUAGCUUAUGGUGGUGAAUUAAGUAAGAAAAACGUCAGCUCUAAUAGACGUAUUUUGUUUCUUUAUUCAAGGAUACUGUAGAAACAAGAAGUUGCAAAUUGGUUGACACUUUAGACGAGUACACUUGCUCUAUGAAUGUGCCCAAAUGUGCUCAAAUAUGAAGCAAUUAUUCAAAAAAGUAUUAAAAGUUUAUUCAUUUUCUACCAAAAGAUGAUCCUGAAUGGGAUGAUCAAAUUCAUAAGGGUGAAUAGUCAUAAUAAUAAUAAUGGAUCCAGUAAUGGCUCUCCAAAAUUCUGUGACAAUCCCAUCUGGGGUUUCUAAGCUGUCCGGGUCUGCUGCUGGCAGAGCUGAGAAUAAAGGAGGAAGUUAAGCUCAAAAAUCCUUUCCCACUUCAGGGCUUUUAAGACGUGUGCCACUUCUGUGACUGUCACUGUGCCAUCUUUCAUUUCGAGAAAGAGUCAAUGCCGUAAUUGUGUCUUUUUUUUUCCUCUGCUGCAGUGCUUCCACGUGCCUUAUUCUGCUCUCACCAUGUUCCUGAGCACAGACCAGAAGGAGAGAGAUUCAGCCACCGCCUAUCGUAAGAUGAUUUAAUAUGCAAAAAAAGAAUGUAUUCAUGCCUCUAACACUGAAUUAAUCUGAGCCUUUUCACCUUUUUUUUGCAGCAGUUCAGACAGAAAAUAUGUGAAACUGCUUUGAAGCACUUGCACUGAUAGCUGAAUCUUUGCUUGCUUGAUGCUAGGAAUGACAAUGGAGGUGCUGGGAACUCUCGUGGGUGCUGCCAUCCAGGGACAGAUCGUGGCCAGCGCUCACACUCUGAAGCACUGCCCGACCCACAACAUGUCCGCUGGUUACCUUGGCAACAGCAGCGGGGCAGAGAUCGUCAAGAGCCUGGUGCGCUCCCAGGACUACCUGUCACACUCGGUAAGUGUCACCGUGCCAGGCCAAGAGCCCAGGUGUGCUCAAAGUAGGCCGGGGAAAAGCGAGUUUUGAAAAUAACUCGGGCUGUCAGCGGCGUUCUCACUUAAAUGGAAGCCACAGUGUGUGCUUAAGGUGGUUGACCUUUGCUAAAUAUCCGAGAAAAGCAGCUCCGGAUGAAAAGGUGGAUUGUUUAAAAAUAGGUCCAUAUUUGAGAGCCGUCUACACUCCCGACACCCAAAAUGGCUUUAUGUUUUUUAACCCGUGUAACCCAUGGGAUUGAAAAGAGAUGCCACUGUUUGAUAUCUGAACUCCACAUCCUGAACCAGCUCCUCUCUCGUGACCACAAAGGGGGUUCCUCCCUUACAUCAGUCUCCAAACUGUGGGGCCCCCACAGUCAGGGGUCCCUAGUCUGUAAGUCAUUAGGGUUACAUUUUUAUUUUUUUUUUAUAAGGCAUUUAAACCCACCCAAGACUAACUGUAGUUUGGCUAGAAAUGAAGUGAAAGGGAAAUCAAGGCGCGUUCAUAUCAACAUUUCAGUUUGCAGAGCUGUGAAUAACCUCGACAGCUACUGCUAAUCCAUCAUGGAACUUUCUGUGAAGAUGAAACAAGCCAAAGUCCAAACUGUCCCACGUUGGAUUUUGGUUUCCACCGCAACUAUAUGCGCCUCAAAUGCGUCUUUUCCAGUGGAUUUUUGGUGAACCAUAUCGGGGCAUCCCACUCACCACCCUAAAACCCUCUGCAGCCACCCACCAAAUUCCUCAGUGGUCGAUGGCGAGGGUGGCACACCGUCUGCGCAAACAGGUCUACCCUCGGAAAUAGGGAGUGUUUGAUGUGCGUAAAUAAUAAUAGACUGCCGGGCAGAGCCGCAUGGAAAAAUCACAAACAAACAGAGGUUGUUUAAGCCAGAGCAGUUCCUGUUGGGGUGAGGACAUUAAACAGUUUAAGCUGUAUUUUGGGACACAGAUUGACUUUGAGGUUUCUUCCUGUUUAUGCUUGUAUUUGUCCAGUGAAAUGUGCAUGACCGGGUCUGUGGUUGAAACUGAUGUGGAAAAACAACACAGAAAGUCGCAGCCAAUAAAUCAUGGUCUGGAAUCAGCAGGAUUCGAUGCGCACAGGAUGAGCAAACGCAGGCACAUCCUCAGACGAUUUGUUUCCACAGUGGUCAUAUAGCAUGUACAAAUGAGGAACUUAAAUAUUUUAGGCGUUCGCGAAGAUUAUGAAUUAAAGAUUAAAGAACGGCUCAGAAUAGACCAGAUUGUGCCAGCGGUAUAAGAAGACAGAGAUGGAUUGACGCAGGCGGCGUGUUUGUUCUUUCUCUCUGCAGAAGGAAGUCUACAUGAUUGCUGCUGGUGUUAUAGGGGGAGUGUUUCUCGUCUGCACUGUGGUGAUGUUCCUGGGAGUCAAAGAAAGAGAUGGUGAGACAUUUACAUACAGUUUCAUUCUUGCCGUCUGACAUUGAAACGAGCUGAAAUCUGAAUUAUUACUCUUUUAAUUUCAUGCUUAAAAACAAAACGUACAAAUCAAAGAAUAUCACUCAGCAUUCAAACAGUUGUAUAAUAUCCCUGUGGUCCCAUGAAACCAUCUAUAACAAAAUAUUCAUGUCGAUUUUGACAACUCUUUCAUCAAAAUCUAUCUCUAAUCUGCAUAUCAAAGUACGCUUUAAAUGGUUAAAAACUAAAACACAGGGUUUAGCUUCUCUGGUUUAAUAAUUUGUUGUAUCUUUUGCUUUUCCAAACAGAUUGUAAAUUAAAGAUCUUUUUGCUUGGGGACUUAUUGCUGGAGAACUAGACACACACUUCCCCCGCCCCCAAUUCUAAGUAUUUACAUGUAAAUUAUUCACAUAGAUCACUUUUAGGAUAGGCGGAAGUUGCAGCUUUAAUGAACAUUGCGCCACUUUGGGAACACAUUUUCGGUUGGAGCUGCGAUGAUCAGAACAAAUUAGCAGCCUCGGGGCAUCACAUUAAGCUAAUGGCGCAUGCUAAAAAACUGCACUGUCUGCAGUAGUUUGGUGAAUGGAGACCUUUUGUAGCAUGUUAUCAAGUAGGUUAGCACAGGAAACACAAUACUACCAUAGGAGUCUUCAGGGUUUCAAGUUACAAAGUGAUAAUAACAUUGUCCUGAGUUAAGUCCGAGGUAUUUCCCAUGACAUUUUUCAUUGACAUCUGCAGCCCAGCUCUAUCUUCAGGCAGCAUCCACUGCAAUGCAGGGGCAAUUCCAGGAUUCCCAGAGAGCAAAUCCAUCUCCUUUUCCCCUCCUGCAUGUUAUUUGAUAUGCUGCAGAUUCAUAUAUUUAAUCUACAUUUAACUAUUUCAGAUCCGUACGCCCCGAGGACAGAGAAGCAGAUCCCUUUUUAUCAGGGCUUCAUCUUGGUGAUGAGACACGGCCCUUACCUCACCCUGACCGCCGCAUUCCUCUUCAUCACGGUCGCCAUUCAGGUAAAUGUAGAUUUAUUUACGAAGCACUUCUCCUCCAUGACACUCGGUGUUACAGUAAAUGGAGCCCGGAUCCUGUCGAUGAUGGCAGCUCAGAUUGAUGAUUUAAUCAAUGCAGAAGAGCACUUACUGAACGCUUAUGGUUUAAAGCAUGUUUAGGGUCUCGGAGCUCCUGAGAUCACUGUCAGCACAGUACACUCCUGUUGUUUUGGGACAUGGUUCUACUUUUGACAACUCAAGUUAAGGUUUUUCGAAUGAUUUCAAGCAUCCCCAACUUUUUUAAGAGUCUAUUUCUGUGUGAGGAGGUGUCAGUUGGCGUCUGCGUGAACGCAUAGAGGGAAUAAAUCACAGCCAAAUGCCGUCAGCAGCUUCUCCAAGUCACUUCAUUUGGCACUCAGCGCGGCGAGCAGAGUGCCGAGCGACGUGCUGAGUAGACAAGACGAGGCAGACUCUCUGAAUGUUUGAUCUCUUGAUUUCUGCAGUUGGUCCAGAGCAACUUUGUCCUCUUCUGCACUUACGCUGCUGACCUGAGGGAUCACUUCCAGAAUAUUGUGCUGACCAUCCUGGUGAGAACAGCUUUUAUUACUGAUGCAAAGAUUAAAAAAAUAUAGCUGUCAGUAAGAUACUUGAUACGUUAUUAUUUCUAUGACUCUGAUGGAGACAUUUUUUUGUAUUUCUAUUCUACUGUGCUGCACAUUUAGCAAAAAACUUGGUUAAGACGCUCAUAUGAAACAAAACUUCACACGACUUGAAACCUUUUUUAUGCAUAUGAGUCAUACGUUUUCUGUUUGCCCAUGUGUACUCAGGUAUCUGCAGUCAUAAGCAUCCCGUUAUGGCAAUGGUUUCUGCAGAGGUUUGGGAAAAAGACGGCAGCGUUUUGCGGCAUCACAGUGAGUGUUCUGAUUUUAUUUUGGCUUUUAAUGCCGGGGCCGCUACACUUUGAUGUUGUGCCAUCUUGUGGUCAAAAUCAGAAUAGUCUCAUGUUCAUUUAGAUCUCUGAAACACAGACUCUUUGUGACUCUCUCCCUCUCUUUAGUGGAUCAUGCCCUUCACCAUGAUGCUGGUCUUCAUCCCCAAUGUUGUGGUGGCCUAUGUUGUGGCUGUCUCCUCUGGUCUCAGCGUCGCAGCCUCCCUCCUGCUACCAUGGUGAGACCUCAGUACACAAGUUUAUUCUUGACUCGAGAAAUAAACAAAUUUUGCAAGAGCAGUUUCAGAUUGAACUGAAAAAAAUAGACAUUUCUUGGUGUAUUUCAGUUUUGCGUCUGUUGUGUUUUUACACUCUACUGAUUCUAGAUAUGAUAGAUCACUCAUUUUUGUAUUCUAGGUUUAUCCACUAUAUUUAUUCCGUCUGAUUCAACUCAUAUUUGGACUCAAAACACCACAAAAUUGUCCAAAUAUUGAGCUCCGGCCACUUCCUGGCCUUAAAAUUGGAAACAUCUAUUAUGAGAAACACACGAAUAAAGAGACUCUUCUUCUUCUGUGGUGCUCCCAUUUCCUCCAGGAGUUAAAAACAGGUAGCUAAGGUAGAAUUGGGACUCUGUGCUGCAAAUUUGAGAGUCUGAGAGUCUGUCCCUGUCAACCCUGUUUGGUACUGUCCAGAGAUUUCUCUUUGCAACUACCGAGUCUAUUUUCAGACAAGCCCCCUCCAAUUGGAAUAUUAAAUCAUACCCUUAAAAUAUUGAAAUGCUCUGAGCUUCUGAUCUUGUUUAUUCAGUUGCAGUCCUGUUAUCUGUCUGAGCCGCGCUGUUCACGUUACUCCGCUUUGCUUUUAAUGCAAAGUGUCAUUAGUGAAACCACAAUAGUGCACCAGUAUACUGUUAGUGGGAACAUGGUUCCUAGAAGACCUGGUCCAUUAACUUCAGGUCAUGUCACGGUCAUAUUAGUGAUGGUAUAUCCAUGAAUGAGAGGUGGCAUCUACUAUAAAUCUUCUCCACCAUCACAGGAGGGGGGAGCAGUCUUUCUUUAACUAGUUGUUUCCAUGGCCGUCGUCUCCUUUCCCCUCCCUCGAACCCUAAAUUACAGGGGCCUCCCACGGGGCAUGUUUAUUUUGGAAGGGGACGAUUGUUUAUCCUGUCUGUGGGCCGAGGUCUGCGGUGCCACCCAGCGCUCAUCAUCCAAUCGUGUUAUUAGCUCCGUGAUUUCAACCCACUAUUUAUCAGAGCACUAUAAGUAGACCUCACAUCGUCAUCUUGAACGGUUGUAUAAGAUGAUUAAAGUCAGAGCGUGAGGGAGGUCUUACAAACAUCAGCUUAAAGUUUGAUCGAGUCUUUGUGUGACGAUGAGUAUUAAGACAAAGGCAAUAUGCCUCCCUGCAAAUCCUGCAGAAACACAGCAUCAACAUUUUCUGUGCUCACUUCUGCAUUUGUGUGUGUGUGUGUGUUUGUGUGCAUUUCAGGUCCAUGCUGCCAGAUGUGGUGGAUGACUUCAGACUGGCCAACCCUUACUCCAAGGGUCAUGAAGCCAUCUUCUACGCCUUCUACGUGUUUUUCACCAAGUUCGCUUCUGGCAUCUCUCUGGGAGUGUCCACGCUCUGCCUGGAGUAAGUCUGCAGUAAAAAUAUUUACACGGCAGCCACUGUGCGCUGAUUUCUCAAACUACUUAGACAGGUUAUUCAUUCAAGAAAACCUGCAGAGACAAUUUAUGAAUCAAACAAGGAAUGAACACAAACGUUGAGCUAAACAGAAUAAUCGCUUCUGUGAAAUUCUUAUGAAUCACGAUCAUCAGUCUGUCUAAAUAGGAGCUGUGUUUUUGUGGUUUGUUUAGAUUCGCAGGGUACGACACCGGCGCCUGCAAGCAGCCCGCUCCUGUAGUGUACACCUUGAAGCUGCUGAUCGGCGCCGCCCCUGUGGCCUUCAUUGUCACGGGGUUAAUGAUCCUGCUGCUCUAUCCCAUCAGCGAAGACGUGCGGCUCAGGAACAAAGUCUGCCUGGAUGAGCUUAGGUAUGCGGGGAAUCAUGAAAGAACAUCAGAUUAAAACGUUAGCUGUUCACUCUUUAAAAAGAGUCUUACUCAGACGGUCAACAUAGUCAUAGAUCCUGAUGAUUGAGCAUUUGACACGUAAAACUUUCUUAAAAAAGAGCCUGCAGUUUAUAUUUUGUGUUUGCAGAGAGAGGGGACAUACUGUGGGUGAUGAUAAAUAAGCAAUAUAAGUGAGCUACACUCCAGGAAUAAUGUACAUAUAUGCUCCACGUGGGUAUAAAGCAAUCACAAAACAUUAGCAAGAAAUGAAAGAUGAACUUGCUCUUCAGGUUUAUCAAAUCACUACUUUUUCACCUGCUGAUCUUCGCCAUGAGACGGCGCUCACUUGAUGAAGUAGUAGCUUUUAUGGAGUCCCUGUGCUCAAUCGUGGGUUCCUCAGGAUCUCUGCUGCAGACGUUUUGCUCACCUCUGUCCUCCAUCUUUCUGCGUCUCCCUCUCUAAACCUAACGCAGUCUCAGCAGAUGACUGUCUAACAUGAGUCUGGUUCUGCUCAAGGUUUCUGCCUCCAUUGUUACUUGCUAAAUGCUGCGAAGUGCUGCACUCAUGAGGUUGAAGAUGGGAUCAGAUUGGGUCUGAUCUUACAGGAUGGGGUUCAUUUUUAAAUCGGGUCUAGACAAGCCUUUUUUUUUUGCUACCACAAUGCUAUAAAAGUGAAUUAACUAUUUUGAGGAGUUUUGAAAUUAGCCACAUAAGUGAAAGAAGAAACUUUCAUUAGUGCAUCACAAGUUGAGAUUGAUCUAAAGAAGUUUUGACUGGUAUUGACUUGAUUUCCUGACUUAACUUUUGUCAAUGUAACCUGUUAUUUCUUCUUAUCCCCCUCCUCAGGAAACAGAGCAUCAGCUCCAGAACAAUGGAGGAUUUGAGUAACGUGUGACCUGGAUCUUGACUGGAGUGAACUCACAAAAGCCACGUGUUCCAGCGACACAGCUGGAAAGAUGUUCAUUAGUGUAUAUUACACUGAUAAAUAGUUAAAUUGUUUUAAUGUAAACAUUUUUGUUUCAUUUUCACAUGUACUGUACAGUCAUCUUGGACAUAUAAAUAUAUAUAAUAAGAUUACCUAAUUUAUAUAAAUGAAUGUAUACCAUUAUUUGCUGUGUUUGGCUCUACAACACUGUUAUUUAUUGAUGAUAUAGUGAUUACUGAAGGCUGAUGGUAUGAAAUAAAUGUUGUAGAGAUUGGUUGACAGACCGAAAAAA